CAUAGCCUGCUGUAUUCCUUCUCCAAAGGACUAAGGCGCGAUAGGCUUACGAUGAAAUGAAAAAAUGAUUUUUAACGAGUGAGAUGAUGUCUCAUUAGGAUUUAAGGACUCUUAAAAGAUACGUAGGUGAUGUCAAGACAUUACGUCGCAAUGACAAGAUUUCUUUUUGUGACUUUCAAUAGUGUCGAGUGAUACUUUUGUGGUCUGUGCCUGAGUGUCCUUGAUUUUUUGAUACUUCCAAAAAUGUUUACAUGAAAAUUUGCAACCAAAUCUGGCAGCGCUAUGAAUAUCCCAGAACCAUCCGUCCAAUAUGUUUGGGAGUUCCCCAACCUCACAUUCUUGGAUUUGAACUACACCAACACAACAGAUCCUGCUAGAGAUGCCUGGGAACACUGGAGCUCUCUUAUGCAGGACAGAGCCGUCGUGGUCUCACUUCUUCUUCUUUUCUCCCUCACCACAGUGUUCGGCAAUAUGCUGGUAGUUCUAGCUGUAGUCAGAGAACGCUAUUUACACACCCCCACCAACUACUUCAUCACAUCACUGGCUGUAGCCGACUGUCUGGUUGGAUUGGUAGUGAUGCCGUUCAGCGCCCUCUAUGAAGUGCUCGAACACACCUGGUUCUUCGGUACGGAUUUGUGCGACAUCUGGCGGUCCUUAGACGUACUCUUCAGUACCGCGUCGAUCUUGAACUUAUGCGUGAUCUCGUUAGAUCGGUAUUGGGCGAUCACUGAUCCGAUAACAUAUCCUAUGCGCAUGACUAGAGUGCGUUCCGUUCUUCUAAUCGCUGGUGUUUGGGUGUGUUCUAGUGCCAUAUCGUUUCCGGCUAUCGUUUGGUGGCGGGCGGUCAGAACUGAACCGAUUCCCGCUUUCAAAUGUCCUUUCACGGAACAUUUGGGUUAUUUGAUAUUUUCCUCCACGAUUUCCUUUUAUCUGCCCUUGUUCGUGAUGGUCUUCACUUAUUACAGGAUAUACAGAGCUGCUGCAGCCCAAACAAAGUCUUUGAGACUCGGGACAAAGCAGAUCCUCUUGGGUUCUGGAGAACUGGAGCUAACUUUGAGAAUCCACAGAGGCGGAACAUGCAAAAUACCGGAGGCCAGGCAGUUCUCUGGUACAGAGGAUGAACCUCUGACGGCGUUGGCUAAUAACGGGUUGACGCGCUUGGCUUCUAAUAGGGGAGUUAACAGUAAGAACUUUUCUUUGUCUAGGAAGCUUGCCAAGUUCGCGAAAGAGAAGAAGGCGGCAAAGACAUUGGGUAUUGUUAUGGGUGUGUUUAUAGUGUGUUGGUUACCAUUUUUUGUUGUGAACUUGUUGUCUGGAUUUUGUUCGGACUGCAUCUGGCAGGAAGAGACUGUACUGGCAGUUGUCACGUGGCUGGGUUGGGUCAACUCCAGCAUGAAUCCAGUUAUAUACGCCUGUUGGAGUAGAGAUUUCAGAAGGGCCUUCCUGAGGAUCUUAUGUGUCUGUUGUCCAAGAAGAAUAAGACGCAAAUAUCAUCCAGCCUUUAGGAGCAAGCCAAGCCAGUACUACCACAACUCUCACAACGUGCUAAGUGAGAGCACUCCAGGUGUAACCUAUUCUUCCGUUGGUCAACAUGAACUACACCUGUUGUGACGUCACGCCAGGAACAGACUUCCUUCCCCUGUCUCAACGCAGGCAAUUGUUCUUCCUGGUUCUCCUAGCCAUCGCAUUAUACACUCUUGUUCACCUUCUCCUAGUUCGCUUAGGAUUUCUUAAUACUUUGUAAAUUAUUGUAAAUUAUAUCGAUAAUAGAUUUAUAUACAUAGCAGAGGUUGAAUGUUUUAUUAUGCAAUCGGAUUCUAACUUUUCCAGUUGGAUUAGUGUUGAUCUUUUUACUAUGUACAUUGUAAUUAUAUAGGUAUCUAUUUGUUCUUCAUUCGAUUGUGUAAUGACUCAUGUAGAAAUUUGUGUGAUCUUAUACCAUUUAAAUUAUAGUUUGUUAUUGUUAUUCUCUUCAUUUAAUGUGAUCAUAGUUAAUUAAGAAUUAAAAUAUGUUUACUAUCUUGUAAAUCCAUACAUUUUAGCAUUAAUAUAUUGCCUUGAUAAAUAAAAGAUUUUAUCAUCAUUCCUUUCGAAAUUGUUGACAUUAUGAUUCAUAUCAUUUUUAUUCAUAGUUCAUUGUUAUUAUGCAGCUUCUUACUUUACAUGCUAGUGAGUUGUAUUUUGCUUACUGAAACUUUCGAAUUCAAAAAUGUCAAUACUACAUACAUGUUUUAAACAAGUACAAGACUGAUUUCUUCUCACCGAGUUGAAAUGGAAUAUCACACUGAAAUCAUUUGUAGAAACAAAAAAAUCACUAAUAUUGUGCUAGUACCCUAAUGAUGGUUCACCUUAUUUAUUGUUGUUACUCAUAACAUCUUUAUUCGUAUACGAAUCAUUCCAUAAUUCCAAUGAAGUCACUAUAAUAUGCGAGUAUUAUUCGCAUUUUCAAAUAAACUAUAGAUUCAUGGAAUAUAUUAUCUUUAUAGUUUAUUGCACUUUUGUUGGAUUGUGAUUAGUCAUUACUAGAUAUUUGUGAAAAAAUCUUUCACCCAUCAUUGACCUAAGAUUUUAUAACUUUGAGACACCCAUUUUAGAACUACCAGCAAACAAACAAGUUUUGGAAAUGAACUGUAAAAAAAUUCAUAUUUCAUUUAUCUGUUUCGAGGGAAAAUGCAGUUGAGUAGAACGUUCCCUUUCGGCAAACCAUAAGAAGCAUUGAUUUUUUCAUAAAUAUUUUCUGAUUGUUAAAUACUUUCGAUAAAAUCUCUUGAGUUCUGCCUGCAUAAAACAAAAUUCUUUUUGCUUUUUUAUUCGACUGUGAUAUUAUGAUUUAGUUAAUUUAAGAAAUGAAUCAUUUAAAUAUCAAUGAACUACAUGAAGAGAACCUCAACAGUUUAAUCAUUGGCUACACAUAAUAUAGUAAUU